AUGGCGUCCGGCACGAAGCAGAUAAAGCACAUCACCGUGCUCGGGGGAGGGUUGACGGGUCUCACGUCGGCCUAUCGCCUUGCACAACUGGUCAAAUCCUCUCGCCAAUCUGGCAAUCCAUCAUCAGCAUUACAUCCAGAGGCGAGCAUCACCCUGCUCGAGAGGUCAGCCAGAGUUGGAGGUUGGGUACACAGUAGACGAAGAUGGAUGGAGCUGCCUGAAGGGGUCAAGGACAAUCUCGGUGUCCAUGGAAAGGUCGACGUCGUUUUGGAGAGCGGACCCAGAAGUAUUCGGCCUCGAGGAAGCAAGGGAGCUGCCCAGAUGUUGAAGCUCCUCCAGGACCUCGACUUGACAAAGGCGAUUUUGCCCGUCCCUCUGGAUCACCCUUCCGCCAAGAACCGGUUCAUCCUCGAUCUUCGAAAUCACAAACUCGUCAAGUUGCCGUCCAGUGUGAUAGACGCCCUGACAUUGUGGUUGAGAAGGGAUGGCAGGGGUUCCGGUAUAUUGAAGGGCUUCCUGCGGAGUAUCCUUCUGGAGCCGUUCCGCAGGAAGAAACGUCUCGAUGCCAAAGUCCCAUCGACCUCGAACCUGGCCGUACUGGAAACACAGAUCAACGAUACCUCGGUGGACAACCUAGUCAGACGUACACUCGGGCCUCGAAUAGCAGACUCCCUGAUCUCCUCGAUGGUGCAUGGAAUCUAUGCAGCCGAUUCUCGGGUCCUCUCCGUCCGCUCCACCUUUCCCGUCCUCUGGGACGCCUUGCAAGCACGAGGUAGCCUUGUGCUAGGAUUACUCAGGCCCGCCCGUUCAGUCAGGCGCGAAGAUGCCGCACGAGCCGAAAAGGAGGCUUGGGAGUCCCUUGGAGGUGACAUGAAUGCUCAACGAAAGACGUGGAGUAUAUACGGCAUUCGAGGUGGGGUAGAGACUUUGACCAAAAAGCUAGAGGAAGAGAUUCACAAACUCGGUGUUGACGUGCGGGUUGGGCAAACUAUCGAAAAGCUCGAACCCACAGAUGACGGAUGUCGAGUCUCACUUUCCUCGGGGGCAACUUUGGACACAACAAUGGUCGUCUCGACGCUCUCUCCUGCAGUGCUAGCGGAUCUCUUACCUAGCCAACACAGCCUUCCCAAUUUGUCGUACAAUCCCGCGACCUCGGUAGGGGUGGUCAACCUGGUUUUCCCCAUCCCGCCUGAAAGGAUACAUCCUCCCGGGUUCGGGUAUCUGGUACCUCGCACAGCAGACUCUUCGAUCUUCGCACAGAGCGAAGCAUUACAAAGGAACCCGAACCCCGACGGCAUCAUCGGCGUCAUUUUCGAUUCCACCUCGAUGACCGGCGUGGAAGACUCACCUCUGAUCGCUUCGCACUUUACAAAAUUGACUGUCAUGAUGGGAGGGCCGCACUGGUCGACUUAUCCAUCGGAUCCGUUCUCAUCGGCUUCGCCUGCCAUCCCGAUCCCGCAAUCGAGCGAACUCGCCGCCAAAGCCAUGGCGCAUUUGAGAAAAGUCUUUCCGUCCGUGCCGGAGCCUGUCUUGACGGAAAGCCAUAUCUCGAAGAACUGCAUCCCUACCUAUUUAGUUGGGCAUGGUCAGCGUCUCCAUCAAUUGCACAAGCACUUGGGCAGUUCUGCCUGGCGUAGCAAGCUGGUACUUCUCGGCAGCGGUUAUGGGGGCGUCGGGGUGAACGAUUGCGUGGGAAUGGCGGAACAGGCGGUUGAAAACCUCAACAUCGCUUGGAGUGAAGCCCCAUCUUCUACAUCUUCAUGUAUUACAGGUCUCGAGAGGUGGAAAGAGUGGGACUAG